GAAAGACAGACAGACAGACACAUUUGUGUACGUGUAUACCGAAUGAAUGCAUGAUCGAUGGAUGCAGCUCGCUCUCCUUCUCGCUCACAUCGCUCGCACACCAACACACACCAAGAGAGAGGGGGAAAAUGCCACCACACACAACACACACGCGCUCACACCAUGCCACCACUGCACGCGCACACGGAGUCUCCCCCCCCCAUCCAUCCAUCCAUCCAUCAGCUUGCUACUUCGCUAUACCAGACUCGCGAGUGGGGGCGACGUGGCGCCGCCCUCACUCUGCUGGCCCCCUGCUGGUCUCGUGGCCACGACUACGGCCGCAUCCGACUCACCAUCGCCCCUGCCCCCGGCCUCUUGUGUGUUGGUGUGUUGUUCGGGGGCCGGUGAGAACUCGCGCAGAUAGCUGCGGGCACCCGCUAGCAGAGUGGACCACCUGCACACACGCAGCCAGCCGAGCAGUGCAGAGCAGACGCACCCACACCCACACACAUGCACUGCACUAUACUCCUUCCUCACCUGUGUGUGGAGUGGUCAAUCUGUGCGAUAGACUGGGGCGUCAGGAGAGAGUUGGCGAGGCUGGUGGGGGCCCACUGUGGGUACGCUGUGGCGAUGGGGAUGUUGACUGGUAUGUGGUGUGGAAGCUGCACACCCCCCCCACCACCCCCGGCUGCCCCCUGCUGCUGUGUGGCUCUGACGUCGUUGAGAAUCUCGGUUGCCUCGUCCAGCGCGUGGGAGAGGACGUACACCUGAUUCAACGCAUAUGCCAGGUGGUACUGCAACGACUGAUAGGACUGACAGACAGACAGACAGACAGAUACACACACCACACCCAUAGAGAGAGGGAGGGAGAGAGAGAGAGAGACCUGACAUCGAUCAUGUGCCCGUCUGUCUCUAUGGCAUGAAGCCCCGUGCGCCGCGUUCGGUCCAUCUCACCUCUACUGUCUGUGUCUGGUGCUGUUUGUCCGCCAAUGGUAGUGGCGGGAGCUUGUUGGGGGCAAUAAUCUCGGCUACCCCAUCGGCAGCUAGCUCAUCGCCCGUCUGGCUACUCCCAUCCCGCACACGCGGCUCCACACCCCCCUCUCCCUCCCCCUCCCCCUCGCCCCCAUCCGUCAUGCUCAUCAUCCGCAGCUCAGGACUCUCCGGCACGCUCUCCAGCCUCGUUGACGCAACCACCCCCACCACCCUUUUGGCCUUCACACGACCACCAUUACCACCAAUGGCCCCCCUGAUCUUUCCCUUCCCCAAUGGUGUGUGCGGCGGUGACGAUGGGAACUCUGGAGGGAGCGGCAGGGGCGGCACCGUCAGGUGUGGCGCGUGGAUGGGUUUGGGGCUCGGCGGCUCCGGCAGCCCGCAGACUAGGUCGCGGUUGUCACGGUGUGAGAGGGGCGGGGCGUCCUCAAUCUCGUUCUCGGAGUCGGAUAUGUCGAACUCGGAGAGGGACGAGGCUAUCGACGACAUGCUGGCACAGAGGGGGUGGCUGCGGCGGGGGCGUGUGGGUGAGGGGUGGUACUGCUGCUGCUGCUGGUGGAGCUGCUGGAGCUGCUGGCCUGGCACAGAACCUCCGACGGUGCGGCGCAGCACGGCUAACAUGCGAUGGGUCUCCUCCAGCUGCCAGACACAGACAGACAGACAGACAGAGGUGCAUCAGGACGGUUCGUGUGCCCCACCCUUCGCCCGCCCGCUCACCUUCUUCUUGAUGCUCUUAGCGUCCGACAUGGUCUCCGCCCCGACCAAACUAGUGUUCUUCAACCCUGCACAUACACACACACACACACACACACGUGUGAAUCCAUCCAUCCAUCCCCUCGUUUAUGGGCUGGCUGACCAACCGACCGACCGGCGAGGCCCCACAGUGGCGAUGCAUUAGAUGUUGACGGUGUGAGGCGGAAUGUGGACGACAAACCCGACAACAACGACUGCCCGCCCGGCGAGGCGCUCAAACCUUCCUCCCUCUUCAGGCUCUCCCCCUCCCUCUCCCUCUCUCUCCCACCCACGUGGCGCCCCGCCACCCACUUGCGCUUGACGGGCGACGGGGUGCGGGGCUCCUCUGCUACCAUGCUGCACCCAUCCCCAUCUAUAUGAUGCUCGUCAGCCGCAGCAGAUGCCGCCGCUGCCGCCGCUGCCGCCGCCGACGCAGCACCAUUAUCAUGAUUGGCCGCUAGGUCCAGCACCACCUCGCCGUUCACAUCACCACCAUUGCUGUCGCCCGUCGGCUCCACACAUGGCUUGACGGGUGGCAGCGAUGGAUGGCCAACACCUCUCACUGCAAAGGCCUUGCAGGCCGCUGCUGCUGCUGCUGCCGAAACACUGUUCAUCGUCACGGGCCGCCGAAAAGAGGCGACCGAUCAAAGGGGAAGCGAGGCGGCAGAUCUGGGGUUGAUGUGUGCCACAUCUAUCUGACGACGGGAGCACACAGAAGAGGUCAGGCUAGGCGUGGUGUGUAUGGUGGUAUGCAAACAGAUCUAUAUACCCCCCCGUGGAGUCACCCACCUGUUUGCAAACGCUUUCAUUGGCACCCGCUGUGCAUCAGAGUAGUGAUGCGAUCGACUUGCGGGGCGUGGUUUGUGGCUGUACAGCGGCAGUCAGGCAACCAUGGGAAAGG